AUGGCAACCAUUAACGAUGAAACAUCUCAGCAGACGACAGAUUUAUCAACCAUGUCAGAAGAAGGUUUACACGAGAUUAUAGAUAUCGCCAGAUAUAGCAGCUACAGGAAGUUGGUUCGAGUCACGACGUACAUACUGAGAUUUAUCCACAACUGCCGUGUUAGUAAGGACAGCAGACGACACGAUCCAUUAUCCAUCAUAGAGCUACAAACUGCAGCAUCCAGAUGGCUACAGAACGUUCAGCAAUCUACAUUUCCAAGCGAAAUAGCCAACAUAAAGUCCAGUGAGAAGACUCUAAAAAGACUACCCAUUGUGAGACAAUUGAAGUUAUUUAUUGACAAAGAAGGAUAUAUACGAUGUGGUGGAAGAAUACAGAACGCACCGUUAAACGAAGCGACUAAAUACCCCAAUCUGACUAAAAUUGCUAAAUACCCAUACCUGCUACCUACCAAACACCCAUUAACACGGUUAAUUAUCCUAGACGUCCACCACCACCAACUGCAUUCUGGGGUAAAUACUACUAUAACAUACUUGCGCCAGAAGUAUUGGAUACCUUCGAUUCGCAGAUGUGUCAAGACAGAACUACGCAGAUGCAUUACCUGCAACAAAGUGAAUGGAAAAUCGUACAAAGCCCCAGAUCCCCCACCCCUACCGAAAUAUCGUCUUGAAGACAGUCCUCCAUUUACAGUAACUGGAGUAGAUUUUACAGGUGCAUUACACGUUAAAGAUCGUCAUGGAAACCAGGAGAAAGCUUAUAUAUGUCUUUUCACUUGCGCCUCUACACGAGCUUUACACCUAGAAGUUGUUCAGAAUUUAACAGAAAAAUCAUUUCUACAGGCGUUUAGAAGAUUUUGCAGUAGAAAGUCAUUACCACGUAUAAUGGUUUCUGAUAACGCAGCAACGUUCCAGUCUACAUCAAGAUAUAUACGUCAGCUGUUUGAAUCCCAGAGCAUACGAGAAACUCUAAGUCAGGAAGGUACACAGUGGUAUUUCAUCCCGACGAGAGCUCCCUGGUACGGCGGAUGGUGGGAGCGCUUAACAGGAAUUACCAAAAAUACUCUAAAGAAAGUUCUAGGUCGCAGAUUUAUUACGUUAGAGGAACUCCAGACGACAACCACCGAGGUAGAAGCGAUACUCAAUGAUCGGCCAAUUACCUAUGUAUCAUCCGAUGUCUCGGACCCAGUACCUUUGACUCCAUCGCACCUGUUAUAUGGUCGGCAAGUGACGUACCUCCCAUCACAAAAUGUUCCAGUUGAAACGCUAUCAGAUCCAACGGCUGGCAGUCGUUCCAGUCUUACCAAAAAACCCAAGGUACAGAAACAACUAAUUGAUCAUUUCCGGGAACGUUGGCGACAUGAAUACCUGACGGCUUUACGUGAAUACCACCGAGUGACGGGAAACAACCAACAGAAGAUCUCACCUGGUGACGUUGUUCAGAUCGUGCGCGAUGGACUUGUACGUGCCGCGAAAGUUAAAUCAAACAAUGGAACUUUAGUGAGACCGAUUGUUAAACUUUAUCCUUUAGAAACAAAGUGACUGUUAAUAAAUGUUUCAUGAAGAUCGCGCUAUGUGAUAAUGUUCCGUGAAAAAGACUGACCGACAAACUUUGCUGUCAGAAACUGAAGAUUGUAAUUCAGCUGUGAAAAUUUCAUAUUUGUUUAUAUAUGCAUAGUUAACGAUUUAUUGCCAAUUUUAAAUAGUUCUGCAUCGGCUAAUAAGUUAUUCAGUGCAUUCAAGUUUAUUCCUAAACUGACUCUUAGUUAACUUCAAAUUUCAUAUUUUAAUACUGAACACUUGAGUAAUUAAUCAUUUCGCGGCCCCCAGUAUGUUGGGAUUAACGCUCUUAUAUGUAUGACGUUAUUUACCGCCAUUGUAUGUAAGACGUCGUUGACGUCAUUUACUAUGUAUAUGUUUUUGGUUUGACGGUUU